AUGGCCGACGAAGAGAUGGACCCCAGCUUGAAGCCCAUCAUCGAGCAGAAGUCUUUGAAAUGGGUCUUUGUGGGCGGCAAGGGUGGUGUCGGCAAGACAACGACAUCAUGCUCGCUGGCGGUGCAGAUGGCCAAGGCAAGAAAGAGCGUGCUUUUGAUAUCGACAGACCCGGCACACAACCUGUCAGAUGCCUUUGGAGUCAAGUUCGGCAAGGACGCGAGACCGGUGCCUGGAGUGGAGGGCCUUGCGGCUAUGGAAAUUGACCCGAACGGCAGCAUCAACGACUUGAUUGCAGCGGGUGGAGACGAUGCGCAAGAUGCGAUGGCGGGUCUGGGCGGUGUGGGAAGCAUGUUCCAAGAUAUGGCAUUCUCCAUUCCUGGUGUCGACGAGGCCAUGUCUUUUGCCGAGGUGUUGAAGCAGGUCAAGGGCAUGGAGUAUGAGCUCAUCAUCUUCGAUACUGCGCCUACUGGACAUACGCUGCGCUUUUUGCAGUUCCCCACUGUCUUGGAGAAGGCCCUGGACAAGCUCAGCCAACUCAGCCAGCAAUUUGGUCCCAUGAUCAACAACCUCAUCGGCGCUCGAGGCGGUCUUCCCAACGGCCAGUCGUUCGACGAUGUCCUCAAGCGCAUGAACGACUUACAAGAGACAAUUGGCGACGUGAACAAGCAAUUCAAGAACGCUGACCUCACGACCUUCAUCCCCGUCCUGAUCCCCGAAUUCUUGUCGCUGUACGAGACGGAGCGCAUGAUCCAAGAGUUGGGUACAUAUGAGAUUGACACGCACGCCAUGGUCGUCAACCAGCUGCUGUUCCCCAAGAAGGACAACCCGUGCGAGCAGUGCAAUUCACGCAGAAAGAUGCAGAAGAAGUACCUCGAGCAGAUUGAUGAUUUGUACGGCGAGGACUUCCAUGUCGUCAAGAUGCCGUUGCUGGUGGAGGAGGUGCGAGGUGUGGAGAGUAUAUCGAAAUUCAGCGAGAUGCUCGUCAAGCCCUUCGAAGCACCCGCAUAG